GCCGGUGUGUCCGGUCCCAGCCCCUCUGCAUCCAGCUGAUGCGUCGCUCCGCAGCAGAGGCGCGCCAGACCCACUAUGGCUUUAGCCGCAAGCAGGACGCUCUUGGCACUAUUCGUUACGUUUUGCGCACCGGGAUGCGGAUGGACAGCAGAGAAGCCCCUGCGGCCACACAAUGGGAAACAGACCUCCGUGGACAAGGGCCUGCGGGAGAGCUGGGAGCCCUCUAUCCACCUCGACGGAAGACCCGUGGACCGCUUCGUGAUCAGCUCCAGCAAACCCACGAGGUCUCACCGCUUCACUAAAGCGGGCAAGGACAUUCGCUCUCAUCUACUGGAGGAUGUAGACCCUGAAUGGGUUAACCUGGAUGGCUUUGCUGUGCUGGGCGGUGCACCUGUCAGCAACUCAUCAGCAGCAACAGGUCCAGUCAGGUUUUCACAAACUGCAGGCAGAAAUCAGCCGUCUGUAAAGCGAGCCGCCAGGGUGAACAGGACGGCUCGCCCGUCCGGCGUAUCUAAUACCCGGACACACAGGAGGGCACCUCAGUCCUCAUCGGGUCCCAGGCAGCCUGAGGGAGCGUCGGUCGGGACCCCCCUGCUGGCACGGAGACAUCAACACCACACCAAGCCUCAAUCAGACCAGAGGAACCGCAAACUAACAUCUGAGUCCGUUCAUGUGGUGUCACUGCAGGCACAGAAACCCCCUGGCCAGAGUGCAUACGGCAAAAGAGGAGUCGCAACCAAAACAACCACACCAGAGCCACCGGAGUACGAGGCUCGGGACAUAAGUGUCAGGGUCAUGUCUCCUCAGUCCGUCCUCAUCACCUGGCUUGACCCUGCAGUCGAGAUGGGGAAGGUCACCAACGAGGCAUCCAGAUCCUACACAGUCAGGUACAGGGAGAAGGGUGAGUCAGCACGCUGGGAGUACAAGGACAGCACCCAGAGGAGAAUGAUGAUAGAGACGCUGUCUGCAGAUGGCAUGUACGAGUUCUCGGUCAGAAUCUCCCAGGGAGAAAAUCAUAGCAAGUGGAGCGUCUCUGUCUUUCAGAGGACCCCUGAGUCAGCACCAUCUGGACCACCAGAGAACUUUGAAGUCAAGCCACUACGAGGGAAAGGAACUGCUGUCAUAGCAACAUGGGAUCCACCUGAGGAACCCAAUGGCAGGAUAAGAGAGUACAUCCUGUCUUAUGCUCCUGCGAUGAAGCCGUUUGGAAUGAAAAGUUUAACGUACCGUGGCAGCAGCACCACAGCCACGGUAGAUGGCCUCACACCGGGAGAUCGGUACAUCUUCAAGAUUAGAGCCACCAACAGGAGAGGACAGGGACCACAGAGCAAGGUCUUCAGUGUUGCUAUGCCAGGAUCCAGCAGCACUGCCUCAGCAUUUUCAAAAACCAAGGACACCCAGAGGACUAGCCACACUCCUUCCAAACAGGACUCUGACCAUGACAAAUCAGACCUCUCGGCAACAGAGGAACCAGAGGAGCCAAUCACAACCCCUCAGCCACGCCCUGCUGCACCUGUUAACAGGCGUCAACGCCCGCUUUCCCAGACACGCUCCUAUCACAGCAUCUUCUCCUCUGUAAGGGGUUCGGCCAGGAACAGAGGCAGGGUUCAAGAUCGGGAAGAUGAAGAGGAAGUAGAAGAGAAAAUUCCCACAACACCACCUCCAGUAGAAGAGACAACAACCAUGGAGGUUGUACCAGAGACAAAAGAGCCAGACAAUGAUGUUUCCCCUAAAUCUGAGGAUGAAGUGGGAUAUGAUGACGAGCCUCUGACUACUGAGACCCCCAGCCUCAAAGUUUUCAUACCCUCACCAACUAAACCAGCUUCUGCGCGCCCCAAACCACUACCCAGAAAGCCAAUUAAGAUAAGGGUCCACAGCAAAGCAGUAUCCAAGACAGCUUCCUCCUCCUCUUCUGAUGCUUCCUCAAAUUCGUUUCCCUCUACUUCCUCUUUAUCCACCUCAUCCUCGCCUUCUUCCACCUCAUCAUCAUCUUCCUCGCAUAUUCAUGAGUCAGCAGCCAGUAGAAAGGACUAUAUAGCUUCUACUUACCCAGAGACUAAAGACAGCUUGGAUAAGGCUGCAGUAACAUACAGCAAACCUUCCAUUCCAGUCGUAAAAGAGGACAGUUCACAGCAGUCAGAGGCUGCAGCUGUAGGUAGAGGUUCGACCUCAGGAGGGCGCCUCAGCGGCUCUGGUUUUGGGUCUAGAUAUGGUUACAGCCGAAGACAUCCUGGAAUUGCGUUCAGAGGGAAUUCAACCCGAAUGCUGAAUGGUUACAAACCUGCCAUCACUUCACAGUCUAAUUUACCAAGUAGAACUCAAAGCCAAGCAACAUCAGACACACGUGCUUCAUCACAAUCCACUGUACCAGAAAGGACUCAUAACCAUGAAACAUUACAUACUCUCAAUCCUACAGCAUCAAAGGCAACUUCAGGAAGGGCUUCCAACAGUCAAGCAACAUCUGAUACAUACAAUUUUGACAAAUCGCAGACCAGGUCCCAGUCCGGGUCAAAUGGCUUUACAACGUCAAAUAGACAGAGCUUGAGCACUCAUACAUCCACUUCACAAAGCAGCUCGCAACUCCCAUCCACUGCAGCCACUUCAGGCUCCUCUCAGUCAACGACUUCACACACAUCACCUGAGCGAGAUACAACAUACAGUGAUGGGAAUGAUGACAGUGAAAAUAAAAACACAGAUACAGAAGUAACCAAAGUUGAGGUGCCUGCUUCAAGCUCUAACGCACAACCCACAGAGGAGGAGAACAUGGAGGCAGAGGGAAAGAAAGAGAGUAUUGAAAAAAAACCUAUAGUUUCUCGUACCAGAAUUAGCCCCUCAUUAGCCGAAAGAUUCCCUUGGCUAACUAGUCGUUAUCCAGGCAGAUUCCAUUCAGGGACAAGGACGUCCUCAUCCAGGCAGGAUGGUAGGACCCCCUGGACUAGGACUUCAUCUUCUGUAGGGGCUGGCAGACCAAUCUUGAGGGGGACACCCACCAGGGUUUCAGGGGCCACGGGUGCUGCUGGAGUGUCCACAAUACAGGAAACCAGUGAGGAUCUGAGGACUCCAUCCACUCAUGACUCACUAAAGAAUGUGGUUGGUGCGGGCUCAGUAAAGCCGUCUUCGACUGAUAAAAAUGUAGCAUCUAGUGACACUAUAAACCCAACUACCUCAUCCUCCUCGUCUUCAGCUUCCUCAUCUUCCUCCCAUCCCUCUUCAGGUGGAAACAGAGACUCAAUUGAGACUGUCCGUAAAGGAACAUCUAAUGACAAUGAUAACAGUCCCGAUAAGGACUUUGUCGACGAAGGAAGUAGAGAAGUUAGUGCGGGUAGUGAUAAAGUUACAGACUCCACAGUUGCCCAAAAGAAUCCUGCUAUUACAUCAGCUGACCCUCACAGAAACACAGAGGACAACGAGAGUGUGGAUACAAGGGAAACUUCUUCUAGGACCAGGACCGGUACAUCCUCUGGAGUCAUACCAACUCACCGUCGUCCUAGUGUAGGGGCUAAUGGGAGGGUACGCUCCCCUCUAUUGGCUAACAGGCAGUUUGGUGGGUCUAGGCUUCCCAUCAGAACACAACCAGCACAGAACUCACGGCUUGAUUCUUCAACAUCUGAAUCAUCCUCAUCCUCAUCUGAUUCUUCUUCUUCAUCCAACCUACCCCAACCAAUGACCCCAGAUCGUGAAGCUAGCACUGGCACUACUGUGGCAAAGCCUGGGGUUAUAAUUGGAGGAAACUCCGAGUCCACAUCCUCAUCAUCUUCAUUGUCUCCAAGAGAUAGCUUAAGGGGACAUGGGGGUAGGUCUCGGUAUCCUAUCACCAGAGGGAAACCAAUCAAUGGAGGAGUAAUAAAGCCUGCCAAUGGAAAUGGCAGAAAUGGACGACCCAACCUGACAGCAACAAACGAUAAAGAUUCCUCUGACUCUCAUGGAACCAAUAAGGCUGUUGGUCAAAGGUUUAUCACAGGUCCUGAUGGAAGCAAAUGGGUGGUAGACUUGGAGCUGGGGGUUCUUAUGAACCAGGAUGGACAAGUUCUCCAGGACUCCCAUGGCAAACCCAAGAGGGUAGUGCUUGGCGAGGAUGGACGGACAAUUUUUGACCACAUGGGCAGUCCCCUGCUAAACCAGGAAGGUAUGGCUCUGUUCGGCCACGGCAGGGAAAGCAGACCAGUGGUCAACCCCAAGGAGAAGAUGCUCAUGGUUGGAGGGAAACCUGUACUUGGCUUGGACCGACCUCGCCUCAGGCCCAAAACUACAACCACCACCACCAUGGCUCCUACCACCACCACACCUGAACCCACCACCGCUGAAUGGACCACAGAGGAAUCCACCACUGCACUGCCAUACCCAACCUGUCCACCGGGGACCUUCCCUAAAACAGAUGAAGAUGGGUAUCCACUGCUGGAUAUUGAAGGAAUAUUGGACUGUUUUCCAGAAGAGGAAUCCUCAGGAUUGGAAAUGGACUACAUGGUUACAGUGACCAUGGUGCCUGAUGCUUUAGCUCUUGAGAAAGAUGGGGUUUUAGUCCAGACCACCCUGCCGCCGCCGCCGCCGCCCACCACCACCAUUUCCAGCACCACAGUAGAGAUGUCGACUGCGGUGGUAUUCACAGGACCCAACAACAAAGGCCCUUCCUCUGAGUUUGACCUCAGUGGGAAGAAACGAUUCACAGCUCCCUACGUGACCUACAUCCAGAAGGACCCCGGUGCUCCUUGCUCCCUGACGGAGGCUCUGGAGUAUCUGCAGGUCGACGUCCUGGAAGACCUGAUGAAGCAGGACACCCCUGAGGCCAAUCAGAACCAGCCUCCCAAAAGAAAGCCGCAGAACUUCACCGUGGUCGCCAUGGAGGGCUGCCAUUCGUUCAUCAUUCUGGACUGGGGCCGCCCGCUGAAAGAUGAUAUGGUGUCAGGCUACAUGGUUCACAGUGCUUCGUAUGACGAUGUCCUCAGCAAUAGAUGGUCCUCCAGACCCUCCAGCGGGACGCACCUGGCCGUGGAGAACCUCAAACCCAACUCGAGGUACUACUUCAAAGUGCAGGCCAAGAAUGUGUUUGGUUUGGGACCAGUCAGCGAAACACUCACCUACGUCACCGAAUCAGACGAUCCUCUUCUCAUUGAAAGGCCACCUGGCGGAGAACCGAUCUGGAUCCCCUUCACGUUCAAAUACAACUCGGCCCACAGCAGCUGCAAGGGCAGCCAGUACGUCAAGCGGACAUGGUACAGGAAGUUUGUGGGCGUGGUUCUGUGUAACUCCCUGCGAUACAAGAUCUUCAUGGGAGACGGCCUGAGAGAGCCCUUUUACAGUGUAGGAGACACAUUUGGGCAGGGAGAGGACCACUGCCAGUUUGUGGACUCGUACAGGGACGGAAGGACAGGCCCGGCCUACCUCUCAAACAAUCUGCCCUCGGCACAAGGUUUUUAUCGAGCAUACCGACAGGAGCCGGUUACAUUCGGAGUUAUUGGCAGACGUACACCCCACCCGUUCGUGGGCUGGUACGAAUGUGGCGUGCCCAUCCCUGGGAAGUGGUAACACCGGAGGAGGAGGAGGAGGAGUAGAAGAAGACGAAGACGAUGCCUGUAAACACAGACUUUUGCGCCUGCCACAACAACAAGACACCACUACAAGUUUAUUACAGCUUCACAGAAAGAGAAUAUAGUACUUUUAAACAACUCAAUGUAUAUCGUUACAAUGCACUUUUUUUUAUAUAAAGCAGUAUGUAUAUUAUGAGGGGAAAAGAAGCAUGUGUGCUCUUGCUUAGUUUAACUUUUGUCUUAAAGUGUCCUUGUACUAUUCCCAACCAUCCCAGAGACAGGUCCUCCUCACCCAGUGUUAUUUAUCUCAUCAAUAAUGCACACAAGGUCAAACCAGUGACAUUGGACCAAAGCACAAGCUGCAAAGAAAGCGGAGGGAACGGGCACUUGAGGUGUGUAUAGGUCUGUUAAUUUUCAACCGUGAGAUUUAUCUUUCAUAAUGUAACAGCCUCUGACAGCUACUUUUUUGUCUGUUUGUUUGUGUGUUGUGUUCUUAAAUCAUCCUACAGUAUUUUUUACACCCUUUUGGUAUCCACCAGAAUUCAUUAAGAGUUACUGUGCAAGUUUUGUAUGUAUACAGACGACAAAUAAAAGACCAAAUAUUUGCUCAGGAACCUUGGGAGAUUGAAUAAAGGUGCUAAGGAAACCA